AUGAACGCGCAGCUGGCGAUGGAGAACAUCGGCGAUCUGCACGGGGUGAGCCAUGAGCCGGUGCCCGCCACGGCCGACCUAAUGAGCAGCAGUCCCCACCACCGGAGCUCGGUGACCCAUCGCAGCAACCACUUGCCAGCCCACCCUCGCUCCAUGGGCAUGGCGUCCAUCCUCGACAGCGGCGACUACCACCACCACCACCGGCCCCCCGACCACGCUCUGACGGGACCCCUGCACCCCACCAUGACCAUGGCCUGCGAGACACCCCCCGGCAUGAGCAUGAGCAGUACCUACACCACGUUAACCCCUUUGCAACCUCUACCUCCCAUCUCGACAGUCUCGGACAAGUUUCCUCACCACCACCACCACCAUCACCACCACCACCACCCUCACCAGCGGAUACCGGGCAACGUGAGUGGCAGCUUCACCCUCAUGAGGGACGAGAGGGGUCUGGCGUCCAUGAACAACCUCUACACCCCCUACCACAAGGAUGUUACCGGCAUGGGGCAAAGCCUCUCUCCUUUGUCUGGAUCGGGCCUGGGGGGCAUUCACAACUCCCAGCAAGGGCUGCCCCACUAUGCCCACCCCAGUGCCACCAUGCCCGCCGAGAAAAUGCUCACCCCGAACGGCUUCGAAGCCCACCACCCCGCCAUGCUGGCCAGGCACGGCGACCAACACCUCACCCCCACCUCGGCCGGCAUGGUGCCUCUCAACGGCAUCCCGCACCACCCCCAUGCCCACCUCAACGCCCAGAGCCACGGGCAGAUCCUGGGCUCUGCCAGGGAGCAAAACCCUUCCGUGACUGGCUCGCAGGUCAACAGUGGAAGUAAUUCAGGGCAAAUGGAAGAAAUCAAUACCAAAGAAGUCGCUCAGAGGAUCACCACCGAGCUGAAGCGGUACAGCAUCCCCCAGGCUAUCUUCGCCCAGAGGGUGCUGUGCCGGUCUCAAGGGACCCUCUCGGACCUGCUGAGGAACCCCAAGCCCUGGAGCAAGCUCAAAUCCGGCCGGGAGACCUUCCGCAGGAUGUGGAAGUGGCUCCAGGAGCCGGAGUUUCAGCGGAUGUCUGCUCUGCGGCUGGCAGCGUGCAAGAGGAAAGAACAAGAGCAUGGGAAGGAUAGAGGGAAUACCCCCAAAAAGCCUCGGUUGGUCUUCACGGAUGUCCAGCGUCGGACUCUACAUGCAAUAUUCAAGGAAAAUAAGCGUCCAUCCAAAGAAUUACAAAUCACCAUUUCCCAGCAGCUAGGGUUGGAGUUGAGCACCGUCAGCAACUUUUUCAUGAAUGCACGGAGGAGGAGUCUGGAUAAGUGGCAAGACGAGGGCAGCUCUAAUUCAGGCAACUCAUCUUCUUCAUCAAGCACUUGUACCAAAGCAUGA